AUGUGCAGUUGCCCCAUUUGUCAAGUUGCUCGUUUUUGUCCCAUUCCAAAUGCCCAAAUACAACUACCAUCUAUACGACGUAUUGUUAAAAAGUUACCUGUCGGAAGGCAGAAAAGAAAAAGUACUGAUGUCUUACCGAAAUUAGCUAAAUUAUGUCUUAAGUGUCACACAAAAAUUCAAAAGGGUGUAAGGCAUUCAUGUAAUAUAAGAAGUAAAGUGUCUAAUACAAUUAAACUUGCCAAAAACUGUAGUCAACAAAUUGCAAGUCAAAUCCUAUUAACAGAAGAAGUGGCUCAAAGCAGUUCCUCUUUAAAAUUAAAUAAAGGACGAGGAGUCGAACUGAAAUUGGAGUUAUUAUGUAAAAAAAACAAUGAAAAUAAAGCUGUUAUAACAACAAAUGACUUACGAAAUAUACAAAUCGAUUGCAAUUUACCUGAAAAUAGUUUAAAAAUGCUAACUCAACGAAUAAGACAAGUAGAUAAAAAAUUAAUAGAACCAAAUGCGAUUAAAAACAUUAAAGAUUUUAGUCAUUCUUUGGAUGACUUUUUUUCUCAUUUAAUUGUACCCGAAGCUGAUGUUGGAAAACAUGUGACAGAAUCUGUGCCUUUGAUUUACUGUUCCAACUUAUCCAAAUUUAUUGUACAAUUACUAAAUCAACGAGACUUAUCUGAGAAUAAUUUUCAUAUUAAAUUUGGACUUGACAGUGGGGGAGGAUCCUUAAAGCUUUGCUUUUCUGUAUGUUCCCUUACUGAAACAGAUGAAAAAGAAAAUUGUAAAAGCACCAGCAUAAAAAAAUUAAUGCUAGUUGGUCUAGGACCCAAAAUGAUUGAGACAUACAGAAAUAUCGAAAUGCUUUUUAAAGUCAUUGAAAUUCAUAAAAUUUGCGGUAUAUGUUCUUACACCUUUGCUGCCGAUUUAAAAUUACUAAUGAUCAUAUUAGGCCUUCAGUCAAACUCAUCGUGUCACCCUUGCCCUUGGUGUGAUAUAAGCAAUAAAGAUUUGGCAAAUAAGGGACAACUAAGAACCAUCGAGAAUAUAACAAAAUGCACCAAUCAAUGGAAAGAACAAGGUUGUGACCUUAGCAAAACAAAACAUUUUGGAAAUUGUGUUAACAUCCCUCUCGUAAUUGGAGAUGUCUUUGAACCAAUUAUUAAAUACGUGGCACCCCCAGAACUUCAUUUGUUGAUGGGCGUUGCUCAAAAGAUUUUGGAUGGAAUAAAACAGGAUUUGCCUGAAAUAACGGAAAAGUGGCUAAAGAAAUCUAAUAUACAACUUGACCAUUACAACCGUUUAAAUGGCAACAAUUCAAGAAAACUACUUAAAAAAGAUGCCUCAAGUCAAGAAAUCCGCUCAGCUUUUAAGCGCUCAUCUCUCAAACUGCAUCCGGACAAAAAUCUGGAUGUGGAUACCUCAGAACAGUUUCGUAACUUAGUGUCAAUAUACGAAGUGUUGAGGAGUCCAUCAAAACGAAAGUAUUACGAUGAAGUAUUAGUGAACGGGUUGCCUAACUGGCGAUCCGCGGUUUAUUACUACCGGUAUGUCCGAAAGAUGGGCAUGAUUGAAGCAUGCUUAAUUUUGUUUGUUUUGAUUACCAUCGGGCAGUAUUUGGUUAAUUGGACGGCGUAUUAUGAGAAGGUGUUUACUAUUAAAUCCAUGCAAAAAAAGAAAAACAAAAAAGACAACACCGAUCAAAUAUUACUGGAACUACCAAAACCCACCGUAUACGACACCUUACCAUUUCAAGUUCCGCGCCUUAUAUGGUUCACAAUCAUUUCCAUACCAAGCACUUUAGGCUUAAUAAAAACAAUCGUAUCCGAACAACUUGAAAAAUCUAAAGAACCUGAAGAGGAAGAAAUGAUUAUUGUGCCGAAAGUAAAAACGGUUCGCAAAAGAAACAAAGGUUUCACUCUCCCUGAAGGUCCGAGCUUCAAAACCAACUACACCUCGAAACAAGGUCAAUGCACCUCGACUCAAGGUCAAACAAAUAACGCCCCGCCGCCUUUGUCGGGCGGUUUGUGGACAGACGACGAUCUGGACGAGCUCACUAGAUUGGUGAAAAAAUUCCCGCAGGGCGCGCAGAAACGGUGGGAGAACAUCGCCGAAGCCCUGGGCAGAUCUGUGCCGGAGGUUACAUACAUGGCCAACAAGCUCAAAGAGAAGUUUUACAAGCCUGCUUCGGAGCAAGAUGCUGAGCCCGAGCCCGUUAAAGUUAAGCAAAAAACGAAAAAGGAGUUGGAUAUGGGAGACGAAGUAAAAAAUUGGAGUCAGCCGCAGCAGAAGGCUUUGGAGGAGGCCCUGAUAAAAUAUCCAAAAGGGUGCACUGAUAGAUGGGACAGGGUUUCGGAUUAUGUGCCAAAUAAAACAAAGGUUGUAAGCCCCACCUAUGAAAUCUCCAAAAUAGGGCAAUUAAGUACUUUCCCGGAUCUCACCAUCAAGUAUUGUGAUCGCGCUAAAAAAAAUUUUGCCGACGACGCACAUAGGGAAUUGAAUAAUGAAGAAGAUGCUGUCUUGUUAGAAAGUCCUACAUGUAAUACAUACCCUAAGAACAAAAACUUAUAUCAAAUUAUUGAUAAGGAUAUUGAGCAAACCAAAAUUAAUAAAAAAAUGGAACCUGAUAAAUGUUCAUUGAGUCCAAUUGAUGAUGAACCGACUUUUUCAGACAGCGAUGCCGACGCUGCAAAUGAUGAUGGCUUAAAUUUAUAUUCUUUAGUAAAUGAUGUAACAAAAGAAAUAAGUGAUGAAGUAGGCUUAUUAGAGAGUAAUGUUGUUCCUGCAUGUCCUUUAUAUGAAAUGGAUUCUAAGGAAUUAAAUGAUGUUGGAAUUAAUUCUCCUCUUUGCGAAGUGAUAUCGGAAGUAUCAUUAACUUUUUCAGACAGCGAUGCCGACGCUACAAAUGAUGAUAGCCUAAAUUUGUAUUCUUUAGUAAACGAUAUAACAACAGAAUUAAAUGAUGAAGUAGGCUUAUUAGAGAGUAAUAUUGUUCCUGCAUGUCCUUUAUAUGAAAUGGAUUCUAAGGAAUUACCUGAUGUUGGAACUAAUUCUCCUAUUUGCGAAGUGAUAUCGGAAGUAUCAUUUACUGCAGAAAUGUUACAGAAAGGUCCAAUUGUUUUAUUUGAAAAUCGAAACUCUUAUGAAACCUAUGAUAAUAGGGUAACAAAAAUUGAAAAUAGGUUAUCACACGAUGAGUAUUUAUUUAGUUCAUCUGAUGGUGAAGAAAUUUUUUCAGACACCGAUUCAGACCCUACAUAUUAUCCGUCUGAUACAGAUACUGCCCAAAACUUACCUGAUUGUUCUCUAUUUACUAAAUCUCCUAGUGAAAUACAACAAAAAUCACCUUUAAAAGUAAGCGCUAAGUAUUUUAAAAAUGUUUUUUAA